CCUAGUCCCUUUCAACAUUUUCGAUGCUUUUGCCAGUCACAUCAGCGGGCCCGUUAUGGCUCUUUGCAGCUUCCUGGGCUUGUUUCCAGGCCACCAGCUGGAUCGCUGUCGUACCAACCGACUUAGCACACAUUCCGCCAGCCAGCGGAACGCCUUCCAAUUAUGGGACGGGUGAAAAACCGUCGGUAUACGUGGAUGGGAUCAGCUUUCGCUACAUAUGCUAACCUGGACCGUCGGCGCACUAUUGCUCUUCUCUGACAACUGACUGGCUAUACAGGACAAGGCCGCGACUCUCUCUGUCCCCAGCUUCCCGCCCGCGGCUGUAUGUAGGCAAUCUCUUUGACUUGGGUGCCAAGCGCCAGUGGGAAAGACUGCAGGCGCCGAGUCGCAAACUCGCAUCGCAUGUCAUCCACCUCAAUAUGCUCCUCUCCGUCGAAACCAUCGAACAACUUCUCGAAAGGCGAUCAUCCAACAGCUCAGAUCGGUAUGCGCCGGCAGCUCUGGCAGAAUGGCCGUUCGGUCACCCUAUCCUCCAAGGCCUCAGCUGGCUUAAGAAUGACUUCUACGUCAAUUGAGUCAUCGGCGCCGGUUUCCAGCGGAAGGCCAGAGAAUGGAAAGUCAUCGGUUGGAAAGUGGUGGACAUGCGAAUUGUCGACGUGCUCCGUCGACUGGCGAGUCUUGCUCUCGCCGACAAAAGCUCUGCCACUGAUCGUGUUUACCCCGGACAUCGGAACCGCAUCAAUAUCCCUUCCUGUUCAGUGCUGAUCGUCUCCCCCAGCUCCAAUCUGGUCCCGUAGAACAGAAACAUCCCAAUGAAAAAACCAUCAAGGCCUCCGCGGCGACGCUCUCCCUCGCAGACUCGGACACUGACGGUCAAUCGAUGCUUUACUCGGCGGCGAUCAGCGUCUGCCCACGCUCGCCGACCGGGCCCGGCUGCCGCAUGUCACGGCACUGAUGAAAGAGGUGUCGCGGUUGAAGAACAUGUUCACGUAAACCUCCCUCAUCUCUCGGCCGCGGAGGACAAGUAGAGAGGGUGGAGAAUCCCUGCCGGCUCGAUCGUCUUGGCAGAUAUUUUGUUAGUUACUCUUAUCUACUCCGUCUCCGUCAUGAUGUCCGAUGUUUCUUUCCUGCCCAGGGCGAUUCUCCAUGACGAGUUACAUGUGCAUCUGUUGUCUUCCCAUGCAAAUCCACCCUGUGGAUUUAGAAACUCUUUCCCCGUCCAUUUGAAUUCAUCCCGGAGCGCUUUCUGGACAUGAACCCCCCCUCCCGAUAAGGCCGGAGCACUCUACCUCUUCGGGUUGGGCUUCGGCCGCAGAAUCCGUCCUGGCAGAUUCAUGGCCAUGUUCUCAAUCUGGUGCACCAUAGCCCUCAUCUUCACUGCAUUCGACAUCUCCAAAGCGGUGGACGGACAC